CACACAUACACACACAGGAAUUUAGUAUUUUCACUGCAUUUACAUUAAGUUUCCGGGUUGAUGUGGAGGUAAAAUGGUGGAUUAACACCAUUUUUCCACGCCUGCUGUAAAUACCUCCUGUGACUUUUUUUUUACAAUCGUUUAAAAUUUUUUAUUUAUUCAUCUUUUGUUGAGCUGAAAACAACAACAACAACAGCAAGAAGAAGAAGCUGUGAUGCUUUCAAAGAAAGAGAAGGAGCUGAUAAUAGAAAUAUGGGAGAAACUGACUCCUGUGGCUGCAGACAUCGGCUCAGACGCUCUCCUUAGGAUGUUCGCCUCUUAUCCGGGCACCAAGACAUACUUUUCCCACCUGGACAUCAGCGCCCGCUCCCGUCACCUGCUCUUCCACGGGAAGAAGAUCGUCCAGGCCAUCACCGAGGGAGCCAAAGACAUCAGCCAGCUGACCGUCACGCUGGCUCCCCUGCAGACGCUGCACGCCUACCAACUCCGGAUAGACCCGAUUAACUUCAAGCUCUUCUCACACUGUAUGCUCGUCGCGCUGGCCUGUCACAUGGGCGACGACUUCACAGCUGUCGCACAUGCGGCCAUGGACAAGUUCCUGUCGGCCUUCGCUGCCGUACUCGCAGAGAAAUACAGAUGA